UGAACACGGCAAGAACCUCAACUGUCGGGAAACAUAUAAAUCUGCGUGUCAAAAACGCUGAGGGAGGUGAAGAGAACUGCUGGACAUCAAAACUGACAGAUUGCUGUGAAUGUUGCGAAUGUUUUCUGUAUCGUCCAUAGAGGAAGAUCAGUGAUCUAACAAUUGCACAACGGUUAUGAAUACUUUUGUUUGGAAGAACUUAACGUCUAUUUUGUCUGUUUCUCUGCACAGACUCUUACACAAGAGAAGAGUGCAGGCAUGAGUAAUACAGAUCCAUGCAGAAAAACAAAUGAAGAUGCUGCGGAACAAAGAGAUGUAGUGGAAGCGCAGGAAACAUCCAUAUCAGAAAUAUCUCCAAAAAGAAAGCAAAGAACAAAAGCCAGCAGAUCUUUUACUUGUCCUCAGUGUGGAAAUGGAUUUGUAAGUAAAGAGCAGCAUGUGAAGCACAUAAGAAUCCACACCGGAGAAAUGCCUUUCACCUGCACUAAGUGUGAGAAACAAUUCAAAAGCCAAAGAAACCUUAAUCUCCACAUGAAAAUUCACACUGGAGAGCGCCCAUACGCGUGUCGGCAGUGCGAAAAGAGUUUCAUAAGAAAAGACAAUCUCGAAAACCACAUGAAAAUUCACACUAGUGAGCGUCCACACACCUGUCCGCAGUGUGAAAAGAGUUUCAUACUAAAACAUCAUCUUGAUGUCCACAUGAGAACCCACACUGGAGAGCGCCCGUACGUAUGUGUUCAGUGUGGAAAUGGUUUCAUGCAAAAAAGUCAUCUUGAUGACCACAUGCUAGUUCACACUGGAGAAAAGCCAUACACAUGUCCUCAGUGUGAAAAGAGUUUUCCAAGCAAAGCAAGACUUUCUGUCCACAUUAAAAUUCACAUUGUAGAAUGCCCGUACACCUGUCCUCAGUGUGAAAAGAGUUUCAAACAAAAGCAUCAUCUUGAGGACCACAUAAGAACUCACACCGGAGAGCGUCCAUUCACAUGUCCUCAGUGUGGAAAGAGAUUAGCAGGAAGACUUAAAGAUCACAUGAGAAUUCACACCGGAGAAAGACCAUACGCAUGUCUGCAGUGUGGAAAGAGUUUCAAAAGAAAAGAGACUCUUAAUGUCCACUUGAGAAUUCACACUGGAGAAAAGCCAUACACGUGUCUACAGUGUGGAAAGAGUUUCAAGCAACAAAGUGGUCUUCAAAAUCACAGGAUACUUCACACCGGGUAGCGCCCAUAUGCAUCACACAAAAGCUUAUGUUAACUUACAAAUUAGAACACGCACUGAGGAGCGCUCAUGUCUUAUGAGUGUAGAAAGUGUUUCAAAGUGACUCUCUUCAGUGUUUAGGAUUGUCUUUACAGGUCGGUGUGAGUCUUUAAAUGUUCUAAAACGCUGCCUGUAUGAACAAACAACCGGCUGAAGUCUGUAUUCUGUUUCCACGUGACUCCUGUAACCAGAGAUGGACUCAUUUGUCUGAGUGUUUUUGUGUCUUGAGUCUGGAUACUCUGUCAUAAAGCCUGCAGGUUGGUGUAGUGUUGCCGUGAUGUUUGUCAUUUUGUGAGUUUCUCCCAUCUGCAUACGAUCAUGGAGUGACUAUCAGCGCCGUGGUCACCUCACUAACCAAGACCCUUCUCCAUCCACUGCUCAGUGUGGACAGAAGGUCAGCUCAAGGAAGAGAUCUGGUUCCAAGCUUCUUAGGUUAAUGAGACAUGCUCCUGUAAACCUUCAAUACAGCAGAUGUACUGUAUGUUUUUUGUAGUCUUCCUCAGGCCUGUGUCUUGAUAAAAUCCUGUCUCGGAGCUCUACUGGCAGUUCUUUUGACCUCAUGACUUUUUCUUCUGAUUUGCAUUUUCUAGACCUUUUAUUGAAAGAUGUGUGCCAUGUGUUAUGAGUGUAAAAGGUGUUUCACUGUGGCUGCAUUCGCACUUUCAGGUGUGAGUCCUGUUUUAAUGCCUGAUACAUUGAAACAUCUUUUUUGAUAAACAAGUGUCCACAUGUCCAAUACCCCGUGAAACAUCUGAGACGUAGAUUUUCUGCAUUUUUCUGUUGUUUCGUAUAAGAUAAUCGUCCGGCAUCAUUGUUUACUAACAAACUUUAGAAUACUAUUCACUGAAGUGGUAAGAGUGUGUAUGUGUUUAUUUUUGUGUAAAUCACUGUGUGAAUGAUGCAGUCGUUUACACUGAUGCUCAACUAUAGAGAAUGAUCAAUGACAUCAGCAAUGACAGCUGUGGUGAUUUCACAAUGAUCUUUUGUUGUUAAUAAUAAUAUUUGUGAAAAAAAACUUUCGGUCAACUUCAAUAAUUGUUUGGUUGUAUCAUUCAUUGAAUGUUUUGUUUACUGUAUUUUUGUAAAUAUUUUUAUUCUUGAAUAUUUUUUAAUAUACAAUAGCCUACACUGUGUAGGCCUAGAGACUAUGAAAAAAUAAGUUGCACCAUGGAGAAACAAUAAUAUCUUUAUAGUAAAAAUACAUUUAUAUUUAUAAA